CACCCGGUGCGCCUUCCCAGCCGUCUAGCUGCCGCUCACGUGGGCGUGGCCGUGCGUGACCCGCCGGGAUGUCACGUGAGCGCCCGAAGUCAUGUGAUCGCCGUCUGCGCUGCGCUCCGCUGGCGCUGCUUCCUGCCAGGUCUAGGAGUUGUCACUGCUUUCCCUUCUCCGUCUCCAGCGCGCGCAAUGGAGGAGGAGGAUGAGGAAGCGCGGGCGCUGCUGGCUGGCGGCCCUGACGAGGCCGACAGCGGUGCCCCCGCCGCCCCCGGGGCCCUGCCAGCCCUCUGCGACCCCAGUCGCCUGGCGCACCGGCUUUUGGUGCUGUUACUGAUGUGCUUCCUUGGCUUCGGCAGCUAUUUUUGCUAUGAUAAUCCUGCUGCCCUUCAGACCCAGAUUAAACGGGACAUGCAAGUGAAUACCACGAAAUUCAUGCUGCUGUAUGCCUGGUAUUCUUGGCCCAAUGUAGUUUUGUGUUUCUUUGGUGGCUUUUUGAUAGACCGAGUAUUUGGAAUACGAUGGGGGGCAAUCAUUUUUAGCUGCUUUGUUUGCAUUGGACAGGUUAUUUUUGCUCUGGGUGGAAUAUUUAAUGCUUUUUGGCUGAUGGAAUUUGGAAGAUUUGUAUUUGGGAUUGGUGGAGAGUCCUUAGCAGUUGCCCAGAAUACGUAUGCCGUGAGCUGGUUUAAAGGCAAAGAAUUAAACCUGGUAUUUGGACUUCAACUUAGCAUGGCUAGAAUUGGAAGUACAGUAAACAUGAACCUCAUGGGAUGGCUGUAUUCUAAGAUUGAAGCUUUGUUAGGUUCUGCUGGUCACACAACCCUUGGGGUGACACUUAUGAUCGGGGGUAUAACAUGUGUUCUUUCACUAAUCUGUGCCUUGGCUCUUGCCUACUUGGAUCAGAGAGCAGAGAGAAUCCUUCAUAAAGAACAAGGAAAAACAGGUGAAGUUAUUAAAUUAACUGAUGUAAAGGACUUUUCUUUGCCCCUGUGGCUCAUAUUUAUCAUCUGUGUCUGCUAUUAUGUUGCUGUGUUCCCUUUUAUUGGACUUGGGAAAGUUUUCUUUACAGAGAAAUUUGGAUUUUCUUCUCAGGCAGCAAGUGCAAUUAACAGUGUUGUAUAUGUCAUAUCAGCUCCCAUGUCCCCGGUAUUUGGGCUCCUGGUGGAUAAAACAGGGAGGAACAUCAUCUGGGUUUUGUGUGCGGUAGCAGCCACUCUUGUGUCCCACAUGAUGCUGGCCUUUACGAUGUGGAACCCUUGGAUUGCUAUGUGUCUUCUGGGAAUCUCCUAUUCAUUGCUUGCCUGUGCGUUGUGGCCAAUGGUGGCAUUUGUAGUUCCUGAACAUCAGCUGGGAACUGCAUAUGGCUUCAUGCAGUCCAUUCAGAAUCUUGGGUUGGCCGUGAUUUCCAUCAUUGCUGGUAUGAUACUGGAUUCUCGGGGGUAUUUGUUUUUAGAAGUUUUCUUCAUUGCCUGUGUUUCUUUGUCACUUUUAUCUGUGGUCUUACUCUAUUUGGUGAAUCGUGCCCAGGGUGGAAACCUAAAUUAUUCUGCAAGACAAAGGGAAGAAAUAAAAUUGUCUCAUACCGAAUGAGAAUUUUAAAUGAAUGUGUCAUGAGAAUGGACUUAACAUAUCAUUGGUUUGAAAACCUCCAUUUAAAAAAAUUUAGAGUUUAGUCACUAGAAAAAAUAAUGGACUGGAAAGUUAUAUUUACAUCCACAUAUACUGUACCUAUUUCAAAGUGUAUUUCAGAGGAUUAUUGUAGCCUGUGUCUUCUGUAUUGUGUGUUGCUGGAGAAUUCUACUUUUAGUAGGCUAAUCAAUAAUGAAAGGGUUAGAAAAUUGCUCUGGAACAUCCAGGUGAACUUCAGGAAGGAGAGUGAAAAA